AAUGGUGAGACUUACAACGCCACAGUUCAGGAUGUAGAUCAGGCUGCAGACAUCGCCACCAUCAAAAUCAAUGUUAAGAAUCCUUUACCAACGUUGCGUCUUGGCAAGUCAUCUGAUGUGCGUCAAGGUGAAUUUGUGGUUGCCAUGGGGAGCCCCUUUUCUCUUAAAAACACCAUCACAUCUGGAAUCAUCAGCUCUGCUCAGAGAGGCAGUAAAGAACUGGGUCUCUCCAACUCCAACAUGGACUACAUCCAUACGGACGCUACCAUAGAUUUUGGAAAUUCAGGAGGGCCUCUCAUAAACCUGGAUGGUGAGGUCAUCGGCAUUAAUACCAUGAAAAUGACAGCAGGGAUUUCCUUCGCUAUUCCCUCAGACAGAGUCCGUCUCUUCCUAGACCGAUCUGCAGACAAACAGGAGUCUUGGUUUGGAGAAUCGGGAUGGAAAAGGCGUUACAUUGGAGUGAUGAUGUUGACUUUGACCCCCAGUAUAAUCGAAGAGCUAAGGAUGCGAGACCCGUCCUUCCCUGAUGUUUCUCAUGGAGUUCUCAUCCACCGUGUGAUUGUAGGAUCUCCAGCCAACAGAGCCGGAAUGAAGCCAGGAGAUGUUAUUAUUGAGAUCAAUGGGGUAAAGGUGAACACGUCGGAGGAGAUAUAUAAUGCUGUGAGGACAAAUGUGGUGGUCCGCCGGGGGGCCGACCUGCUCAUGCUGCACAUGACCCCAGAGUCCACAGAGUGACAUCAAGUCAAGUAUUUAGUAAGAUUAAGAAAUGGUGAGUAA